UCGGGAAAGGGGCGGGGCCAGAAUCCGAACCCAGUGGGCGGGGCUUCUGGCUGUCAAUCACAGUGCAUCGGAGACAGAGAACUGCGAGAACUCAGCAGAAGUGAACAGAAGUGUGAGGAGAAUCAAGUCUGCAUCAUGAGAGCCUGUGUCCUUCUACUGCUGGGGCUGCCUGUCCUGAUGGCACAGCAGACGUCUUACUUGGACUAUGGAGAUCCAGAUCCAUUUGAUUAUGGCCACAAUCCAGAGCUUUCACCACAGCUGCCAGCUGGACAGACCGCAUUGGAACUUCAGACAGAACCCACAGAACCUGGACCACUGGACUGCCGUGAGGAAAAGUAUCCCUGCACCAGACUCUACUCUGUCCACCAGCCAUGUAAACAAUGUCUUAACAACAUCUGUUUCUACAGUCUUCGCAGGGUGUAUGUUAUUAAUAAGGAGAUCUGUGAGAGGACAGUUUGUGCCCACGAGGAGCUGAUUAGAGCUGAUCUGUGUCGUGAUCAGUUCCCACGCUGUUCUGUUGCUGCUGUGAUUGGUCAGUGUGGCACGCUUGGGGGCAACUGUGGAAAAAGCUGUGGAGGCUGUUAAAGACAUACGCUGUAUACACACACACACACACACACACACACACACACACACACACAAACACACACUCAAAUGUGACCUGAACAAAUAGUUAUCUAUAAGCUACAAACGUCCCUCAUGCUUGUAAACACCUGCUUGUUUGAGGAGAAACUCAUCUUCACACACCUUCUUCUUCAUGACCACGUCUUCAUCCUUCUCAUUCAUAAAUCCUGCGUGUGUGUGAACGGUGUAGCUCACAGCUGCGGCCGUCCGGGUGUGUAGUAGAGAAGCGCUGAUGCUGUAUAAAUAUAAGGAAGUGUGUCUCAUUCAUCUCUGUGUGACUGGAUGAAUUUAUAUAAACCCGUAUUUACAUUUAUACUCCUUUUCUGAAUUUAUGACGUCACUGAUGCUGUAGAACCCGGUGCUAUGAAGGAUGACGGCGAGCACAGGAACAGCUAGAGGAACUUUUAAAAAUUGUUACUGUAAAACUAUCACUUUGUACUGUUGUGUGUUUUUGUUGUGUUAUAUUUGUUGUUGAACUUGACAUAUAACUGUUUUUAUAAACAUGCUGCAGGAUCUUCCUCCUGAUCAUCAAUACAAUCAGCAGUGUGUCAUUAAAGACAGAAAACAUCACACAAAAUCCUGGUCACUCUUCUCAGAUUCUGCUCCUUCACAAAGUGUACGUCUGUGUUAAGCAACUAAUAAACGCUAUACCAUGAAA